AUGUGGAUGACACAUAGAGGUAUCCCACAUAUCUCUAAAUAUUUAGGAACAUGCUCCAUAAAACCACUGAUUCUGAAGAAAUACCACCCUAAGAAAGCAUGGAGCAUAUUGUCUACGUAGACGUAUACAAAUUAAAAUAAGGUUUCUGAUGUUCCAUGGCCCCGUUGCCAUCUCAUUAGUAACAAGAACAAACAUCCAGGCCUCUAAACUCUAAUGGAUGUAUUAUGA